AUGCUAACAAUUUUCUGGCAACUACCAGGCAACUUUGUGGCCAUUUCUGGCCGGUCGUACUGGACGAAGGAGUCCCCGAUUACCAGCUUCGUCAGUCGGCAAGGACUGAUUGACGUCGCUGCUGGUGGCGACUCGCUGCAAAGGAGCGUGAGCCCCCGUCGAGGCAGCCAAUGGUCACUGCUCUGCUCGCUCGUCGUGGCCGGUGUGGUCGAGCUGAGCCUCAUACUGGCUGUGGUGUACGCUCGCCGAAUCGUUGGUGGAAGCGGCGACAGCAACGUCGUGUUCCGCCUCUCGGGCGGCGAUCUUCGAGUCACCACGCCCUACACCAACCACACCACCGCGGCCGACGUGCCCGACCUGUGCGGAACGAUACCGAGGCAAGUGUACAGCCGAGGGGGCACGGUCGCCGACUGCGCUGUGGCCUUCGCCCUCUGCAUGGCCGUGGUGGCCCCACACCGGGUGGGCCUUGGUGGAGGAUUCCUCGCGACCAUCUACGAGAGAAAAUCCAAGCAGGUGUUCGUACUUGACGCGCUCCCGAUGGCGCCGAGGAACCUGAGCGAGGUGGACGAGGACGUCAAUGCUUCUGUAGCCGCAUCGAGUUCGGGCGGCCAGGUCAUUGCCACCCCGGGUUACCUUGCCGGGCUCGAAGCCCUGCAUUCGCGGUUCGGUCGGCUUACGUGGUCAUCGCUGUUCGAGAGCGCCGUCUCACUGGCGCACUUCGGCUUUCCCGUAUACCCGGAGUUGGCUGCCAUUCUGGCGCGUUUCCAGAAAACCAUCGCCCGGAGGCACUCUCUCAGGCACAUAUUCUGGAACCGACAAACGGACUCUGUGUACCGUGAGAACGAGACUCUUCUGCAGCCCGAGCUCGCCCUCACCCUCCUCCGGGUGGCGCGCGAAGGUCCCAAGGCACUCAGCCAAGGAACGCUGUCCAGUCAGUUCCUCGGGGACCUCGAAGGGCUCGGGUCUCCAGUGACGCAGGAGGACCUAUUGUUCUACCGUCCCGCGUGGAAAACGCCCGUACAAAGCGUGUCACUGGCCGGCGCACGGCUGCACGCCCCGCCUCCUCCGGGAAGUGGUGCCUUGCUAGCAUUCAUGCUGGCCACGAUGGACAUGUUCCGUCCCAGCAGGAAGGACCUGUUGAGUGACGGGCCACUGACGUACCACCGGUUUAUCGAGACGGUGGCCAAUCUAGUGUCCCGAGGCCAAGCACUCAAGACCAGUGGCCGCAUUAGCGACACGUCCACCUUCUCGGACGUCAUAUUCUACGUGUUCGACAUGCAGCUAGUGCGAGACACCAUUCGUGGCGUCGCUGAGAGAGAGUCGCUGGAGCACUACGGCGACAUACCGAGAGAACCCGAGCACGACGCCAGCAGUGGUAAUCGCAAUGGCGGCGUCCACUACGACCGCGCUACUCGGAGGCCGAGGUCACGCUCUUCGAAAAAGAGCACGGCGAAGCAUUUCGAGGUCAAGCACGCAGCAGCGAACGCGGUGUUCUUGGCACCUAACGGCGAUGCCAUCGCUUUCUCCGGCAGCCUCGGCACGCUGUAA